AUGGCAAGGACAACCCGUAAACACAUAAUAUGGGCAAUAGAAGCUGGCUUCCGACACAUCGACACAGCCAAGAUGUAUGAAAAUGAAGAAGAAGUGGGUAAAGGCAUAGCUGAUCUCAUACAACGUGGUGUUGUUAAGCGAGAAGACAUUUUUGUAACAACUAAACUGUUGAAUACGAACAAUAGUCGCGAUGAAGUGGUGCCAGAACUAAAGGGGUCCUUACAAAGACUUGGAUUGGACUAUGUCGAUCUCUAUUUGAUUCACUCCCCGAUGGCUAUAACGGGCAGUGGUAAAUUUCUAUGUACCGACUACGUAGAAGUGUGGAGAGGUAUGGAAGAAGCAAAACGCAUGAAUCUGGCCAAGUCCAUUGGUAUUUCAAACUUCAACAGCAGACAGAUUAACCGAAUUUUGUCAAACUGCAAUGUAGUCCCUGCAGUUAACGAGAUAGAGGUAAAUCCAACAUUUGCCAAUAUGCCAUUAGUGUCAUAUUGUCAACAAAACGGAAUAAAUGUCAUGGCGUAUACUUCUUUGGGACAUGUUGUACCACGGGGUUUCAUUGAAGACCUUCCACCCUCAAUGGAUGAUCCUGUAUUAGUGGGGAUGGCUAAGAGAUAUAACAAAACCACUAUUCAAGUGGUAUUGCGGUAUUCGAUUGACCGAGGCAUGACACCAAUAGUAAGAUCUCAAAAUAAAUGUCACAUAGAAGAAAAUAUAAAUGUUUUCGACUUCCGCUUGUCUCAGAAAGAUGUUUACAGGAUCAGCGAAUAUGAUUUGUAUGAGAAAGUGCACCCAUUGGCUAGAAAAGAUAUUCAAGGACGCAGACAAUGA